CCAGUUGUUACGGGAAGGAGGCGUUGUAACUUUUGUUGUCUGUGCACGUCGAUGAUCAAAAUUUAAGGUUUGAUGUGAUCUACUGUACGAUUUUGGGUCUGUAACCAGCCAGAAAGCUAAAGAAGAAAGACGAUACGAUUCUGGUGACCUGGUUCACUGCUCUAAUUCAGUAACCGAGUUAAUGACACGGUUGCUGUAAUAUUCUGACAGAUAUUGGUGGUGUAUGAACAUCUUAAAAAGCCUCUGAGUGCUUAAAUAUCUGAGUGCUUCAUUGAUAAGUGGAGGGAUUCUCCUGAAAGUGGCUCUUUGGCUGGAGUCGGGACCAUCCCACCCGUGCGUCAUAUCAGUCACCUUUGCUUUGAAAGCUUGCCUGAUCUCAGUCUAAAAGGACACAGAUGCUUCGAUGGAGGACCUGUAUCAACAAGCACUUUCGAUGGUCCAGCCCUGUAGCUCAAGGGUUGCUUUUGUGUGUUUUAACAUUUGGAGUGAUACUGCCUAUUUGCUGUCACCGCUUACUGUACUCGUAUUAUUUUUUAAAAACUCUGUAUCUUGAUUCGUUGAGCAAUGCAGCUCUACAAGAGAGCUACAGCAGGGCUCAGGAUGCCCUGCGGUUCUGGGAGGGUGUGGAUUCUGUAGAAAGCCUGAAGGACCCAGUGGAAAUGGUGGCUAAGAAACCGGAUCUCUUGGUCACUAUUGUGACAGCCAGUAGAACGGAGGGUAGGGACUAUCACUACCUGUUGCAGGUGACUCAACGGCUCGCGUCGCUCCUUAAAGCCUGCGGCGAUAAACCAUGUGCCGAGGUCAUGCUUUGCGAUGUCGAAAGUGGGCCUACUUUGAACGAGGAUGCAUUGCUUCUGGAGAAACAGUUCCUGGUUGUUCGACGAUCUCCAGGUGAGAGGCGUAAGAUCAGAGAAGCUGUAAACAUCUUCGAGAAGGAGAAAAGAGAUUAUGUUUACUGCCUGAGGAAGGGAUGGGACCUUAUGAGGCCAAAAAAUGUAAUUGUCUUGGAGGAUGAUGCACUGCCAGGGAAUGAUUUUUUCCCAUUGAUUAAAAACUUGCUCUCACGGAAGUUUGCUCUCAACACUCUGUACGUGAAGCUCUACCACCCGGAGCGUCUGCAGAGGUACUGGAAUCCGGAGCCGUAUCGCAUUCUGGAAUGGCUGGGACUUGGCAUGUUUGGUGCAACAAUCCUUCUCAUAUUUUCCCACUGUACAUAUCUCUCUUUUACCCUCUCCUUUCAUCAUCUUCUCUUUAUGACUCUUUAUGUAAUGGCCGUGGUUGAGCUGGCAGGAAGGCACUAUCUCCUGGAGGUUAGACGCCUUUCCCCCCAACUGUAUGCCGUGUCACCUGCCACUGAAUGCUGUACUCCCGCUAUGCUCUUUCCGGGCAACGCUUCCAUUCGAGCAGCAGAGUACCUGGACCAGGUCGAAUGUGCUCCGGGUAAUGCUAAAGACAUGGUACUGUACAAGAUUGUCAGAUCGACACCAGGAGAGAGGGCUCACAGCGUUGAACCAAAUGCGAUCAAGCAUAUCGGAGCAUACUCCUCCGUCAGGUUCAAUCCCCUUCGACCCAGGUUAAUUUGAAAUUAGCACAUGCUCUUGAAGAACUUCAGGAUAAUAGCACAGAGCCUGGAUUAGGGCCUUUUGACAAGCUUAUCUGAGCCUUUUCCAUAUACUCUCAUUCAUUUGGAUAUGAAUAACAAAACAGGAACUUGAUUAGCACUAUGAAGCACUGUACAUGUGACCGCUCGUUUACUGCCGUUCCAGACACAUGCACGAAGCUUUCAAACCAAUUUAUUGGCUAAAGAGUCAAAUGUGGUCUUUUUUUAAAUUCACACUUUACACACAUUUUAUAUAUAUUUGAGAUUAAAUUAAGGUUUAUUGUUGUUAUAUUAGGUAUUUACACACUGUGAAAUGUCUUGUUGUUUCAACUUAAAAAAGUAAGUUUUUGUGCUGCCUUAAAAUUUUUAAGUUGUGUCAGCUUAAAGGAAUGUUCCGGGUUUAAUGCAAGAUAAGCUCAAUCGACAGCAUUUGUGGCCCCAUUGACUUCCAUUGUAAGUGUCUCACUGGAACACAGAUUUUAGCUUUUUUUUUUAGAAAACAAGGAACGAGUUUAAAGUAAUUUUUGUGGUAAUCAACAUUAUGCCACAAAUGCUGUCAAUUGAGUUGAACUUGUAUUGAACCCAGAACAACUUGUCAAAUGAGUUUAAUGUAUUUUAAGGUAAACUUGAUGUUCUUAGUUCAAUGAACUUUUUAGUUGAGUUCAAACAGAACAUAGAAGUUGUAGCAGUUUAAUAUAUUUGAUAACCAUAGAGGUCAUUAGGGCUUGUAAAGGGAACGACGGAAAGGAGGAGGCGAUAACCGCCUUGACAAUAUAAAUAGUAGUUUAAUGUAAAACUGAAACCAAAAGACACAAACACACACAUAGGACGGACAGCUGCCCGUAAACGAUCUCUCUCUGUUGCACCACCGUCCACAGUCGGCCUUUAUCCCUCUCGGAGGCUUGAUUAGCCUGAUAAGGGACCGGGUGUGUAGAAUCACAACACAGGGCUGUACCAUGGUAAAAGUCCAAUUAAUGGUAAAUAACCAUGCAGUUGAUGAUCAGAGACCAACAUCUAAUCCAUUGAUCAUAUUCAAACUUAAGUGUGCCAAAGAGACGUGCAUGGGCUCAAAUUACAAUGACGGUGACAAUCAUCAAACACUUCAUUGAGUAAAAAGAUGAGCUCUGAAUUAUUGCUACUUCACAAAUAACUGAAAGCAACAAACAAAACAACUAACAGCAUAAAUUCAUAAUAUGAAAAGACAGUAUCACUGCUAUUUGCAUCAUUAAUUCAUGCCGCAGUGCAUGCUGGGAAUCCGAGCAUGAUGUGCGUAGUUCUCUUGACUUAUAUUUUUUUAUUUCGAACUGAAUAGUUUUUUAUAAGUUCAGUAACGUAUCACAAGUUCAGCAAACAACAACUUAAACAAUUGAGUUGUCUCAACAAGAUGAAUUCAGGGCAGUUAUUCUAACUCUACAUUUUAAGUUAUGAUAACUAAAAAAAUAUAGUUUUUACAGUGCACUUGCUGGAGAUAUAUUCAUAUUUGACUGUUGACUUUAUGCAUAGUAUAGCAGCAAUAAUAUGCUUUAAGAUGAUUAUUCGUCCAAAAACAUGCUUUGAAUAAUGUUUUUGAAUCUUUUGGAUGAUUUUUGUGCUUGCUUUUGGACCAUUGACGUUUAUAGAGCUGUUUGUCUUGUAAAAUUAUUUUUAAUCAACAUUUGUCAAAAUGCAGAAAUGAAUGGAUCUGAGCCUUAUGGAUGCCGAAAUUUGCACUCAGAUACUUAAAUAUUUAGCAUUUUAAUUUGACAAACAUUUGGGUCAGGUAAAUUUAAUUCAGUCACACUACUUGUCUUUCAAAGAUAUUUUUUUUUCCAUUUUCAGCAUGACAAAACUUGAAAAAAAAAUCAAUUUAUUCUUCAAAAUCUAUGGAUUUGAUAAAAUCACUUUGUAAAAAUUCUUUUAAUAAUAUUUUCAAUGGUUUGUCUGAAUUUAUUUUAAAUAAAGGUUUAUUAAAUAAAGGUUUAAUGUUAUUAGGUAUUUACACACUGUAAAACAACUUAAGAGGGAAAGUUUUGUCGAGUGGUGGUGGUGUAGUGGUCUAAACAACAUAACUGGUAAUCAGAAGGUCGCUGGUUCUAUCCCCACAGCCACCACCAUUGUGUCCUUGAGUAAGGCACGUAACUACAGGUUGCUCCGGGGGGAUUGUCCCUGUAAUAAGUGCACUGUAAGUCGCUUUGGAUAAAAGCAUCUGCCAAAUGCAUAAAUGUAAAUGUAAACAGAAUAUAAAGUUGACUUAAAUAAAUCAGUAUAACU